GCACAAAAAGGAGACAGAGUUGGAAAUAGAGAGAAACAGAGAGAGAGAGAGAUAGAGAGAGAGAGGCAGUGAGAGGUGGAAGAUGAUAAGCGAAAGCUGAGAUCUUUGGGUGGUGUGGGAAUAGCCUUGUGAGAGAUAUCGUCGUUGACGGGGUUGGGAGUCGGAGCAUACAAAUCAGGCCCGGCGGGUUUGACUAAAUUAUCCGGUGAAUUAUGGUGGGUUUCCGGUGAUGAGAGAUGGGAUUAGAGUCCUGUGUGUAGCUGAUUUGUCUGUAGUUAAUAUUAUUAGAUAUGGAUAGGAAUAGGGAUGCGAGAAGAUCAGCUAUGGCGGCCCCAAAUGGCCUGUCACGGCGGAGACACAGAAGUAGUAACCUCAGAGACUCCCCAGAGGACGAUGGUCCGGUGGAGUUACAAGAGACAUCGAGGCUCAGAGAUCGGAAGAAGGACCGAGAUCGAGAUCGGGAUCGAGAAAGAGACCGAGAUCGCGAUAGGGAUCGGUUGAGCCGGAGCAAGAGGCGGAGAGGCGAGAGGUUAAUGCACGGAAGCAAUAGAGAAGACAGCCGCGAUGAUAGUUCGGAGGAGAGUGUGAACGACGAAGAUGAGGACGAGGACGAAGACGGAGGUGGAAGUGGAGUCGGCGGCGGUGGGUCCUCGAUUCGGAUGCUUCCGCCGAACCACCCGUCGUCAACGGCAUCUCUGUCAUCUUCUAUGAUAAAUCACCGGAAGAGUUUCUCGCCAGUUCAUAAUCUUAAUAGCAACAAGCAUUUCAGACCGCUCACGGCGUUGAAGGUCACCGACGAGAUGAUUGGCGUUUCGGUGCCCCGAAAAGCACGGUCAGCGUCGACGAAGAGGUCUAACGAAUGGCCUUCUAGUUGCGGUGUUGUCGGAGACCAAAUUCACCCCCAGGCUUCGACGUCCCCUGUUCGGCCGAGCGUGUCAUCGUCGACGCCGGCUCCGACUUCACCUUCUUCUUCCCACGCCUCGGCGGUCCGGAAGAGGCUGAAGCCAAACGGACCCAAACUUCGGCCGCCGAAGAUGUCCUUGUCGACCAAGACGGCGUCGUCUAAUCAGGACGAGAUAGAAAUAGAGGUCGCGGAGGUGUUGUACGGGAUGAAGAGGCAGCCGCAAGGGCCGACAAAGCAAGAAAUUACACCCACCGAUUCGAUUAAGUUCGAAUCCAGAGAAACCAACAACAAAUUUACCAGCGACGCCAAAUCGAGAGUUUCGUCGCCGAUCUCGAACUCGCCUUGUGUGGUUCCUCAGCUGACGUCGCCUUUCCCUCAGAAUUCUUGCUUCUCUGUCACUUCCAUGUCCGCCGCCGCAUCCAAGAGGAAAAGACCGCGACCCGUGAAGUGUGAAGACGAGAACCCAUCAAUUUUUGCAGUUCAAAACAGUCCCGUUUCGUCUACGGCCAAAGUGGUGGCUGAUCAGCCUUCGAAGGUUGAGACUUCCUCUCCAAAUUUGGAGAAAAACCCAGGAUCUGCAGCUGAAAAUGGUGGCUUUGCGUACGAUUUGCCCGACUCUCAAGCUGUUCCAGCUGCUCCGGCAUCAAUGGAGGCUCAGCCAGAGGCAAUUAAGCCGGAGAGCAACGCCGUGUCAAAUUCAAGGCCAGCGAACGACGAAUCGGAGAGUAGAAAUGUUAGAACGAGCAAAGUGGAACUUCAAUCUCCCAAGAAGGAAUCCACUGCCAUCAGAUUGGAUGAUAAACGUGAAGAAAUCACCUUGACCAAACCGAGUUUAACAAUCCCAGAAGUUGAAAACCACCGAGAAGAAAAGUUCCAGAUAGAUCUGAUGGCUCCUCCAGAAAGGGAUGGUGAAGUUGAUUUUAUCUCCGUAGAUCCUAAGCCUGCGGUCGUAGAUACAGAAACGGACUUAAAAGCUGUGAGCAGAGAGGAUGACAGCAAAGCUCUGAAAAUUGGCAACAAGGAAGAAGUGCAGCCUUUAAAUUUGGAAACUGAGAAGUCAAAAGCAGCUGUGGAAGAAGCAGAAGCAGCUGAUUUGAAAAAGCAGACUUCUUCCGUUGUUGGUGGGAAAGAAAGGAAUUUUGAUCUGCAGCUUGAUUUGGAGAAGACUGAGAGUUUUAGUGGAAACAAGCUGCCCCAUAAUGUUGCUAAGCAAAACACUGAGAAAACUGUGCAAUCGGGUUCUGUACCUUUGCCGAUGUCUGUGGCGGGCUGGCCGGGCGGGCUUCCUCCGAUGGGAUAUAUGGCGCCCUUACCAGGAGUUGUAUCCAUGGAUGGGAGCUCCGUUUCUUCAGCUCCGAUACAACCGCCGCAUUUGUUUUUUAAUCAACCUCGGCCAAAGAGGUGCACAACCCAUUGGUACAUUGCAAGGAAUAUAUACUAUCACCAGCAAAUCUCAAGGAUGAAUCCUUUCUGGCCGGUAGCAGCUGGUUCGGGAUCUCUGUAUGGAGGAGCCAAGCAUAGCAAUCCCAAUGUAUUACCUCCAGAAUUGCUUGGCAAUGUUCCAGGGAGAGGGGUGAAUCCUGCACAGGACAAGGGGCAGGGGAUUGCUAUGUUUCCUGCUCAAUCUGCAAAGGAAAAAACUUCACAAGCAGCAAACCUUGUGGAUGCUGUGCAGAGAAAGCAAAUCGUGCUCCAGCAAGCUCUACCUCCCGGGCCACCUAGUAAUAUAUUGCAUGGUCCUGCUUUCAUUUUCCCAUUGAGCCAGCAACAGGCCGCUGCCGCUCCUGUCCGACCUGGGUCUGUGAAGUCUUCUAAUGCUGGUGGUGCAGCUUCAUCCAGUGCAUCUAACUCUGCUUCAUUGAGUGCGACAGCUGCAACCGCUGCUGUAGCUCCAGCACUGAGUUUCAACUACCCAAAUAUGGCUGGAAAUGAACCCCAGUAUUUGGCGAUUUUGCAGAACAAUGCAUAUCCAUUUCCAAUGCCAGCUCAUGUAGGUGCACAGGCGGCAUACAGAGGACCCCAUGCUCAGGCAAUGCCUUAUUUUAACGGGUCUUUCUAUUCUUCUCAAAUGCUCCAUCCGUCUCAACUACAACAGCAGCAGCAACAACAGCAACAACCACCACUGCCAUCUCAAUCACAGCAAAGUCAACAAGGUCACCCAAACACUACUAUUUCAAGUGGUUCUUCGUCGUCCCAGAAGCAUUUGCAAAAUCAGCAGCAAAGGCCACAUCAAAGUGUUGUCAAUGGUGGCAGUGGAAGCUUGCAAGGCUUUCCUUCCUCAAAAAACCAUCCUUCGCAAGCAACACAGCUGCAGCAGCAGCAGAACCUGCAUGUUUCGCGCCAACUUGAGCCUGAAAUGGGUGGCGAAGACAGCCCGUCAACUGCUGAUAGUCGUGUCUCUCGUGCGAACAUGAGUAUUUAUGGUCAGAAUUUUGCAAUGCCAAUGCAUCCGCCAAACUUUGCUUUGAUGACACCUCCUUCGGUUGGAAGUGCCAGUGGUGCAACAGGUUCUAGUGGUAGUGAAAAGAAGCAGCAGCAACAGCAACAGGGCUCAAAGGCUGGGGUUGAAGCAUCCCAAGCUUUUGCCAUGUCUUUUGCUUCCUUAAAUGGUGCCACCGUUUCUCCUGGCAUUGACAUAACAUCGAUGAAUCAUACAAUUCUACAGAGCUUUCCAGAUGUUACUAGGCACAGUUAUCAUCAAUAUAUGGCUGUUGCCGUGGCUGCCCAAGCUGCACAACAGAAAAAGAAUUAUCGAGGUCCGGAAGAAGGGAAAACCGGAGGAGGGGAUUCCUCUAAUGUGGAAGAGGAAAGAAAGGCCAUGGCUGGGAAAUCUUCAUCAAAUGUUGGGCACUCUAUUGCUUUCUCCAGGGCAGAUUUGACCGAUACAUCUGGUUCUACAAUACCGGGCAACAAUGUGAUUGAUAGUUCAGCAAGAGCAGUUAAGGAGUCAGUUAAAGGCCUCAGCGUGCACUGACAUACGAACUGCCACUCGGGUCUGAGGUUGCAGCGCAGCAGAUUGCUGGUUGCUGUGGCUCCAGCUCGUAACAAAACGCCAACGAGUAAUGGUGGCAGUGUGUACUCUGAUCACCUCCCUUCAACCUCUUCUAUGGCUGCAAAGUUUCCUAAUGCUCUAUCAUCAUUCCCCCAAAACCUUGUCCAAAGCAGCACCAGUCCAGCUCAAUCUCCUCAGUGGAAGAAUUCUGCAAGGAUAACCACUUCCCAAGUUCCUUCACCGUCUAUGGCCUCGUCAACCUCUUCGUCCCUCAAAAACCUUCCUCAAAAGCAUGGGCGGACACAGCAAAGCCACACACAGAUUUCUUUUGCGGCAAACACCAAGGCUUCAACCCAAUCUCAAGGGUUACAGCCUGCCAGUAGCAAUCAGUCUCCAUCUCCUCCUGUAAUGGUUGGUUCUCCCACAACCACAACGUCAUCAAUGUCUAGAAGUGCUGGUGGAAGCCCCAGGACAACUACUUCGACUUCCACAGGAAAUAAAGCUGGCCAAAUAUCUUCUUUGUCAUCUCAGCAGGCCAAGAACUCACCAUCAGUGCCCAGUCAGAAGUCGUCUCCUGUUGGCGGGAGGAAUGUCCCUUCAAUCCUAGGCAACACCCAUAUUACCUCUUCGAGCGCUAGUACUAAGCCACAAUUGCAGCAACAGCAUCAGCAUCAGCAACAUCAGCACCAACAGCAUCAGCAACAUCAACAUCAGCACCAACAGCAACAGGAACAACAGUUAUAUAAGCAAUCGAUUCAACAACCGCUGUUCUUCUCUAAUGCCUACAUGCAGCCUCAAGCUUCACAUUCCAAUAGUAGCACCUCUACUCAAUCUCCUUCAAGCGGGUAUUAUCAUGCUUCUAAGCGCCGACCUGAGCAACAGCAGCAGUCACAAGGCUCAUCAGGAACUUCUUCGAGUGGGAAGUUGUCACUCUGCCCUCCUGUUACGCAUUCAAAUACCAGCACCAACGAUCCUGCAAAGGCGGCUGCUGCUGCAGCUGCUAACAACAUGAAAGGCGGUAACAUAUCCUCGCAGACUCUUAUGCAUACUCAGUUUACUGCUGCACCGUCAUCUGGGCCACACCAAGUUGUACCUGGAGGAUUCGCUUAUGUACAUGCUGCUGUUCCGACCGUGGUUCAGGUAAAACCGGCAGAACAGAAGAAACAACCCGCCGGUGAGUAGAACAGUUAUCCCUUGGUGCUACAUUGCAGCCCCCAUAAAACCGGCAGACUGAAAACUGGAAAAAGAAGCUGAAAGCACUUUUGGUGGUUGGGAUUGUGAGCAAAGGAAGGAAAAGCUUGAUUCUUGCCCAAGGAAAUGAGAAUUUGCAGGCACCCUCGGAGAAGAAAUGGAAGAUGCAACGGGAAAAAGGUAGGUGGAAUGGAUUUUCGACCCACAAUUUUGGAGUGAAAGUUUAGCAAGUGGGGGUAAAAUUGUCAUAGGGAAAAGUAUAUGUACACUUCUGUGUGUAUAAUCUGACAGGGUUGACGGUGAAAGUCUAAUUAAAUUUGAUUGGUUUGACGAGAGGAUAGGAUGGGGAAUGCAGGAAAAGGAAAAGUAGGGAUCUUCUGUUGGGGCAGAAAGAGGGAAGAAUGGCAAAGGUGGAUGUAACAGUUGAUUUCUUUUUUGGGGUUUUAAAUGUCCAUAAAGGGCAGUAAAACUUUUGACAUUCUAUAUUUUUAUAUUAUAUGGGGAAGAAGAAAUGGGAAGAGGGUGUAAUGGUAAAAAGCCCACUUGGAUUUUAGGGAUUUUUUUUUUAUUAAAUUUAAAUUGUGUUUUUAUUUGUAUCACAACCUUUAUUCCUUGUUGGAUUAUUUGAGGAGUAUUUUUGUGGCUCUGAA